ACCAAGGGAAGUGUCCUCCGUGGUGUCAUUGCGGCUGGUGAGGUUGACUAACUGAGACGAAAUAAAAUACCACUUUUCCCCCCCCACUAUGUCUGGUUACACGCCGGACGAAAAGCUCCGCUUCGACCAGCUGGUGAAGCUCCGAAGACAAUGGCUUAAGGACCAAGAGCUUAGCCCGAGGGAGCCCGUGGUCCAACCAAAACCUCCCGGCGCCGUCGCAAAAUUCUGGUCCAGUUUUCUGGAGCCGAAGAGCCUGUGGAGGCUUUACACCUACAAAGCCUACUCAGCUGGAGUGUUCACAAUCACACGGUUGUUGAUACCUGCAUGGCUUGCUCACUACUAUAUGAAGUACCACAUUGCUGCUAGGCCAUAUGGCAUUGUUGAGCUGAAACCAAGACUCUUCCCAGGAGACACUAUUUUGGAGACUGGUGAAGUUGUUCCAGAUCUCCCUGAGAGCCAUGGUCACCACUGAAGACACAUUUUAAAGAUUUAUUUGCUCCUUGUAAAAAAAAAAUAAAAAAAAACGAUGUAUAUGUCAUAGAAAUGGUCAAGCGAGAACCAUUUUUAUUUGAAAAGUUAAUGAAAGGAAGUGGAAAUGGUAUUACACUGAAGAUGAGUAAGUAAAGGGUUUGCUGUUGUAGAAAUGAGUUUUUUUCCUACAU